GAAUCUUUCGGAAUCAUUCGAACAUGGAUCUCAGACCUGCUUGGAUGAAAGGGCUCGCUCCCGAAAUGGUUCUGGUGGCAGAAACUGAAUUGGGUGAGACCCCUGAAAAGAGAGCAGAAGCAUUGGAGGAAUUGAAAUUGCUAAUAAAAGAAGAAAGAAGCAAAGGCUUCUGCCCUUUGCAAGACGACGAGUUCUUGAUUCGUUUUCUCCGAGCUAGGAAAUAUGAUGUCGGCAAAGCCUUCACCACGUUGAAAAAUUACUAUAUGUUCAAAUCUGAAUAUUCCGGCGUCAUUACCGAUCUGACUCCCAGAGAUCUGAAGAGAGUUUUAGAACUAGAACAUGUUUUCGUAUCGCCAAAAAGAGCGCCAGAUGGAGAAGGACUUCUCAUUGUAUUCAUAGGUUCUUUAGAUUUCGAUGCGUGCACUCUCGAUGAAGUAUUUGCCGCCAGCUUCAUUGGCGCGGAAAUAGGGCUGGAAACGGACGCUUCUCAAGUGUGCGGUUGUCGUAUCGUACUCGACUUGCAAGGCAUGUCAUGGCGGAAAUUCAAACACUUCGUCAAACCUUCAUUUCUCCGUUGCUUCGCUAGAUGCAUACAAGACGUCCUACCUUGUCGGGUGAAAGGCAUUCAUGCUGUGAACCAACCCGUUUACUUUGAUAUAGCCUUCAACACAAUGAAACCCUUCCUGUCCCAGAAGAUAACUGAAAGGGCUCAUUUUCAUGGAGAUGAUUAUAAGAGCUUGCACGAGCACAUUCCUCCAGAGGCACUUCCUGAGGAACUGGGUGGCCACUUGGGGAGGAAGGACUUUCAAGACUUCCGGACGAUGAUGUUGCAGAAUACCCCCCUGAUAGAGAGGCUUAACACCUACAUCUACAAUGGAGUACAAUCGAAACAAACAUGCAGAGCUGAACAGAAUUCUAACACAACUACGAGGAACUUGUUUAAAGUGUUAAGUGUAUGAAGUAGUUAUGACUGUAGCAUUUAACGCCGGGUUGAGAUAGUGUUUUUCAUGUAAAGCUCUGAUGUGGAGGUGCAAGUGAAAUUUCUUACAGCAUGGAAUUCCACUUAUUAAAUAUCGUUGUCGUUGCCACAAUCCUUCGACAGAUGCCAGACAAGGACUGAAAGCAUUCAUGUUGCCCAAUUCGCGUACUCCCCUGCUACUUUAAAGACCUGUUUGACAUGGAAUCCUUGCUAUUAGAUUUGUGAGCAAAUCUUGCUUUUCUAAGCCUGACUUAAUUGUGGAGCAUAUCUGUAUAAUCGAAAUAUGUAGAUGGGAAAGCAAUCUGAGAAAAUAUGUGUGUUGUUUUUUAAAAUAUUCACUAAAUAAAUAUUUAUUAUUCUAAA